AUGCCAAAACUCACCUCAAAAUUUCAAUCUUUAAAUCAAGGACUAGUUGAUACUACUACUAAAGGACAUUUUGGUUCUGGUUGGUUUAAUGACCAAAAUUUUUAUAAAGUUGUUGAUAUAGGUGCUCUGUCUCAGAGAUUUUAUGGUAUGAAUAUUGAUGAUAAGGUUGGAUUUAAUGAUCAGUUUUUCAAUGGAACAGGAAAUUCUCAUCACGGUUUUUGUGAUUUUCAAGGGUCAGGAGUUAAUUUUCGUGAUUCAAUGGGGGGUUUUUGUACUAAAAAAAAUCCUAGUUCUCUGUCUAGAGACCUGUUUUAUCAGAAGGAACAAAUUAAUUAUGAAUAUUUGUGUAACAUGAAUAGGCCUUGUAGUAACAAUGAGGGUCUUCAAUAUGAUGAUGUUGUUGCUAGGAGUUUCUUUAGCUCCUUACAUGGUUCUCAGUUGAUGGGAUUAAAUUCUGAAUGUGACUGUUCCAUUGCUAAGCAAAGGGCUAAAUCAGUAAAUAACCCUUUUUCUGCUUUGCCAAAUUCAAGAAUCCAAGACACUUACAGUUAUGAAGACCACAACUUUAUUCUUCAAGGGGAAUGUUUAAAAUAUGGUUCUGAACAGAGAGCAAAAGAUCAGAUGGGGUGUAGGUAUUUACAGAGGAUAUUUGAUGAAGGGACAUCUGAAGAUGUUCAGAUAAUAUUUAAUGGAAUUAUUCAUCAUAUACUUGAGUUAAUGAAGGAUCCAUUUGGUAACUAUCUUGUUCAGAAAUUAUUGACUGCUUGUAGUGAUGAACAAAGAACGCAGCUUGUGCUUAUGGUGACUAAAGAUCUAGGAGAACUUGUGAAAACAUCUAGAACAACACAUGGGUAA